ACGCAACCCGGAUCUCCAAUCUCCUACUUGUUAUUGUUUGCGGAUGUCCUGAGGACGUCCUUAUUUUCGUCUCUUUUCUGCACCGACAGCCUCAUUUAGAGUGAUUCACCAAUGAGCCUUGCAGACGUGAGCAAUGUGUUGUACAUGAGACACAACCUAUAGCCUCCUCAAGCGUGUCAUGGAGGGUUACCCUUCGAAGGCGCAAGGGGACGCUUUUGAUCAGGGGAAUCCCUCUCAACACUUUGGUUCGGCAUCAACAGCUGUUCCUGCCACACAGCCUAUUAACACUGCCGUGACCUUUAUAGGCCAGACACACUCCUCAUCUGGACAACUGGAGGGCAACGCAGGAGUAAUGGCCACCCCAGGGACAAGCCUCCAAGACGACUUCAGGGGAGAAGCCGUUGUGGUGGGGAACACAGGACGUAAGAAGAAGAAGAAGCAGAAGAGUGGCGAAGAGGCUUCGGGAAAUUCAGGCAAACCUGACCUGAUGGAAGAGGAUGAGCUCGUUGACGCUACAAUUCCAAUUCUAGCUGAGAAUCAAGGUGUAGAGGAGCUGCUUUAUCCUGCCUCACUGCCUCCUGCCGGUGGGACGUUAGUUGGGGGUCAGUACCUGCUGAACAAUGCCCUUCUGGAUCAGAUUCUUGCAGAGAAGAAAAUGGUGAGGGUUUUUGGCUUCAUUUUCAGUCUAGACUAGUAGAGAAGGUGUUUA